AUGUGUCGGAAGCGAAGCGUCACUGUGUUCUUCGGCAGCGUUUUCUGUUCCCUCGUGUCUCUUACGCUUGUUCAGGGACAAGAUGACAAAUCGGUUGGUUUUGAUGCCGAGUCAUUGCUGGAAACCAGUAACGCCACGGAUUCUUUGAAUAACAACGCAACUGGGAAUGGCACAGACGGAAGACCUGAAGAGAUCCGUGGGAGAUUCCUGGGUGGAGGCAUGAAUCCGAUUUAUGCUGGCGGAUAUGGAAGUGGCCAAGAGUUGAAUGGUUUGUAUCCUGGAGGCAAUGGAAUAAUCCCUGGUGGUCCAGGAGGACCGGAUGCGUUUGGAUCCGGUGUCGGAUACGGUGCUGGAGGUUUAUUGAAUGGACCCGGCCAACUUCCUGGGGAAACAAAUGGCCGUUUCAACCAGUUCCUUCCUCCGUUUGGUCAGGGUUCCAACAGUGAUUUUGUUGUGGAGCAAUUCCAGUUGUUGUGUCGGGCUUUUGCACCUCCAGGUGUCCCACCAGUCAUUCAAUGGUCAGUGGAUUCUCCUCGAAGUCAGCCGUACUUGAUUGCAGUUGGUCCAGAAAUCUACGGGAAUCAACGCGGAGCUCACGUGGAUUUCCGUCCAGAAGUUCCCGGAAUUUGGGUUUCGCGACUGACUUUGUCGAAGCCAACUGUUUACGACAACCCGUACGAUCCCGCCAAGACCUACAUUUGCUCUGUCGUCAUUCCCGGACGUCCGCCUUUGAUCGUGGGUUUUGCUGGACUCUCAACGAGUCAAAGUAAUGUGGGACAGCCCUUUGGUGGCGGCAUUGGGGGUCCUUUUGGUGGGAUCGGCUAUGGUGACGACGUGCUUUUCCGGAGCAAAGGCGGAAGUGCAUCGAAUCAAAUUGGCAUGGGUGCUGGUGGUGUUCAGUCGGGAAUGAGCGGAAGUCGACCGAUUGCGGGGAACAUGGCUGGUAUCAAAGGAUGAUGCUGAUGAUGAUGAUUAUUUUUUGGAUUAUUCUGUCCUUGAUCUCACAAUGUUCAGUUUUUUGCGUGUCCUGACUAUCCUGUCAUUACUUCGUAAAUGCGGAUAGACCUCCGCAUCCCUCGUGAAUUAUUUUUUUCAAUGUUCCGUCGUUGUGUAUAGUGUUUGUUUUCAAGUUUGAUUGCUUGUGUAUGGGGUACACUACUGUAAUCAAAAGUUUUCAAUGUGUUUUCAGCAGCUCCGCGUCUUGCGUGACACUCGUAUAAUAGUUUCGAUAGAUGCAUCACUUCCAUGCAAUCGGAACUGUCAAUAAACUUUUCGACAAGUCACUUCAGCGCAUUAUCUUCCUUUUCAUGUAAUUUUAUUUUUUGCACAAAUUUGCAUUUUAAUUUAAUCUGUUGCAUCUAAUUCAUGUAAUUUUUCACAUGCACUUUCGGGAGCUGUCGAACCUUCCAGAAAAUUCAGGUACAGGAUACAUGAGCUCCGGUUAGCUAAAUACCGUAUUUGCGCAAUAAUUAUAAGAAAUGCCAUGAUUUUGCAUCAUGCCAGCACACGAAGCAGCAAAGCGAAUGAAGUCAUUUUCCUCGUCGUAUUCUAAACUGAAAUUGGAUUUAUGAAAAUUAGCGACGCAUGGUGGGAAUCAGUCGGUAUACGUGGUUGAGAAAAGUUUUCAUAAAAAAAUGGUUCUCAAGCUUGAGAGGAUUUUUAUUUCACAGAGGAUUUUUAUUCGCAUAAGGUAUCGAGUUUUGCAAUAAUUAGAUUGCAUGCAAAUUCGCAGAACUUGGUAGUGAUGUAGUCUUCACCUUGAAAUUUAGCGCAC